UCUAUUUUGCUGUUACAUUCUCCAGAAAAAGCGUUACUUUUUGUUUGUCCUUUCUCUCUGUUCCGUAAUAACGAGGAAGAAUCUAGAGACAGAAGGAGCUGAAUUUAAGAGAUGCAACUUUUUAAUAGCUGCUGUGGAAAAGGAUUUGAUGGAAAAAAGAAAGGGAAGACAGAGCCAUCAUGGAGGAUAUUUUCAUUGAAAGAACUUCAUGCGGCCACUAACAGUUUCAAUUACGAUAACAAACUCGGUGAAGGUCGACUCGGGAGUGUGUAUUGGGGUCAGCUAUGGGAUGGAUCACAAGUUGCAGUCAAGAGAUUGAAGGCAUGGAGCAACAGGGAAGAGAUAGAUUUUGUUGUGGAAGUCGAGAUUCUUGCCCGUAUACGUCACAAGAAUUUGUUGUCUGUUCGUGGUUACUGUGCAGAAGGACAGGAGCGUCUUCUUGUGUAUGAUUACAUGCCGAAUUUGAGCUUGGUUUCACAUCUUCAUGGCCAGCAUUCAGCUGAGUGCCUUCUAGAUUGCACCAAGCGGAUAAAGAUCGCCAUAAGCUCUGCACAGGCCAUUGCUUACCUACACCAUCAUGCAACCCCACAUAUAGUCCACGGAGAUGUGAGAGCUAGCAACGUGCUGCUUGAUUCUGAAUUUGAAGCUCAGGUUACAGAUUUUGGAUAUGGUAAACUAAUGCCAGAUGAUACCGAAGAUGGAGCCACCAAAGGCAAAAGUAAUAAUGGGUAUCUCUCACCAGAGUGUGUUGCAUCAGGAAAAGAAUCAGAAACGGGAGAUGUGUACAGUUUUGGUAUCCUUUUGCUGGAACUUGUUAGUGGCAAGAGACCAAUCGAGAGGCUAAACACAACAACGAAGCGUGGUAUAACCGAAUGGGUGUUACCACUUGUUUACGAAAGAAAGUUUGGUGAAAUCGUGGAUCAGAGACUGAGCGGAGAGCAUGUGGAAGAGAAGCUGAAAAAAGUAGUCUUGGUGGGGCUUAUGUGUGCUCAGACAGAGCCGGAGAAGAGACCAACUAUGUCUGAAGUGGUGGAGUUGCUAAUGAAUGAAUCAAAGGAGAAAAUGUCUGAACUUGAAGCCAAUCCGCUCUUCAAGAAUCCGUAUAGCAGCAACGAAAACGAAAACGAAAACAAUAGAGAGCAGCAAGUUGCAGAGGAAAGCUCAGAUGUGAUCUCAGAAGAAAAGGAUCAUCAGCAACAACAACAAGAAUAGGGUAUUUUUAGGCGCAUAAAUUUGUUCUCUCAGAUUAUUAUUAUUUUUUUACCAUUCUCUGUUCAUAUUUGCUAGUUUUUUUAUCCAUGGCAUCACUGGAUUCGAGGUAUUGCUUAUUUUUGUGUUUGUGUUUGUGUGUUUUUUCGUUCAUAACAUUGAUUUGAUUCUCUGAUAUUGGAGUUUGUAAGGUGUGGGUAUGACAACUCAAGGCAAAAAUGUGAUACUUCUGGUCUUGUUGCAAAAUUGAUACUUAUA